AUGAAGGCCGUCCUGUGGGAAGGUCGUCCAGGCCAUGUUUCCGUUCGCGACGUACCCAAACCACAGAUCAAGAAGGACUCCGAACUACUCAUUCGAAUCACCACUGCAGCCAUCUGUGGUACAGAUCUCCACACGUAUCACGGAAUCUUCGGCGCAGAUGACAUCCCUUACAUUCUGGGCCAUGAGGGCGUCGGUGUUGUCGCGGAAGUAGGUAAAGAUGUCACCGAUUACAAGCCUGGAGACCGCGUUAUUGUCAUUGCCGGUGAAGGGUUUGAGCCUGGUGAAACUGCAGAAGCGUACGGCUUUGGAGACAUCCUGGGUCCUAACAUUGGAGGUCUUCAAGCCGAAUAUGUGGUCGCACCGGACUCAGGGAUUCUGAGACGCCUUCCCUCUGGCUUCGACGAUGAGCUAGAUUACGUCUUACUCUCGGACAUCUUCGCCACAGGCUGGUGGUCCAUAUCGCAGACCGGCUUCGAAGCAGGCGACGUCGUGGCAGUCUAUGGAGCAGGGCCUAUGGGCCUCCUGGCCGCAUAUUCUGCCAUUCUACGCGGUGCGAGCAAAGUCUACUCCAUUGACCGGAUUCCCUCUCGUCUCGCCAAAGCCAAAGAAAUCGGCGCGAUCCCAAUAGAUCUCAGCAAAGGCUUACCAUCGGAGCAAAUCAGCAAACUGGAGCCCAAUGGCGUGAAACGCGUGAGCGACUGCUGUGGAUUCGAGUGCGUCAAUGUUGAGGGAAAACCAGACGAAGCAUUCAUUGUCAACGACGCCAUCGCACUGGUUAGCGCAGGUGGAGGCAUCGCAUUGACAGGUGUAUACUGGGCUGCAAAGCCAUCUAAAGGAGAACCGCUCAUAUCCCUGGCGCGAGGACAUAUCCAGUUUGAUAUCGCGACCUGGUGGUUGAAGAAUGUCAGCAUCAAGGGUGGUAUCGUCAACCUUGGCGUCGACCCACAGCUACUGGCGCUCAUCCAAAGUGGCAAAGCAAAGCCGAGCUUUGUGUUUGACAGGAUUGUGUCCAUCGAGGAGGCACCGGAGGCAUAUGAGGCUUUCAAUGAGCGGAAGAUUCAGAAGGCUGCGAUUCGAUUCUUUCCUUAG